AUGGAGACAAUUACAGACAACCAAUCCAGCAGUCUGCUUGAUGCGGUCGAGCACUUGGAAGCCGUUGCAUUCGUUCCUCCAAAGCAGAGAUACACAGAUGUUAGCCAACUAGCCAAAAAAAUCGCUUCAGACGCGUACGAGAACGGCAUUCCGCAACCCGCGCUUGCCCGUCUACUGAAGAUUUUGACUUCGAGAAAUAACCUGGACCAAGGCACACUUACAUCCCUGGUCAAAAAUCUAUAUCCACAAGAGAUAGUCGCGUCCCAAAAUGUCACGCAAGUCGUCUGCUGUCUUGGACCUAGCAAGAACAAACCCAGUCCAGCGACACAGGUUUUGCUGUUGCGCUGGUUGAUUCUUUCAUAUGAUCUUCUUGAAGAGAGGUCCCAUCUAGGAAAGCUCUAUGCGGUUCUUUUCAACUAUCUGGAUAUGAUCAGUUUGCGCAAGCCAUUGUGCCAUCUUCUCUCGCUUAUCACGAGGCGAAAACAUGUCAAGCCUUUCCGAAUUCAAGCCCUCAUGGAGCUGAUCCAGGUUUCGGGUGGUGAUGAUAAAGAAUUGAUCAGUCUUCUUCGGAUCUUCAAGAAUUACUAUCCUGAGAUUAUCCUUGGUGAUUUCGGCGGACCGAGGAGAAAUGCCCUUUUCUUCAAACAUCCCGACCCUGAAUGGUCAAGCCAUGCGAAGGGACUCCAGGAUAAAAAUGCGGAAAAAGUGCAGGCUAAUCAACAGUCAAAUUUCCAGGUCGUCUAUCGGGGGACCGUGAAAAGAAGCAGGAUCGAGGUGGUUGUUCCGACUUUGCAAACUUCACGGGUAUCCUAUAAGCAGACAUCGAUUGAGGAACUUCGUGAUAUUGGCCACUUUGUGGAAAAGAUCGAGAAAAUUGAGCUUCCAAAUCAGAUCAUCUCAACCCUAGGCGAUGCAAUGGCUCAGAAGUAUCUUCAUCUGGUUCAAUCUGAAGCUGCAUAUCAUCGUCUUGAUGAAUGGCUGAGAAGUUUCCUGGAAGAUAAGCUGGAGAUGAUUCGCGAAGAUGAAGAUGAUGAACCUGAGACACUAUCAUAUGUGUUGGAAUAUGUUGUAGGAUACGUCUCUUUCACCAAGGACCUUCCAUCGUCAAUCCGUUCCUUUUUGCAGUCCUAUCUCCAAGUAUGGAAUGGCAAAGAUAAUGGUGAAAAUGUCUUCAGACUUCUGCAAUACACCCAAAUCGCACCUUUUGAAUCUCUACGCAGUGAAUUACUGUCACCUCUGGAGUUUGCAGUAUUGGAUGGAAGCCUUGGUUCCAGAACAUCAUUACUAGGAUUCUACUCAGCACUGAUCAGUCAAUGGGGCGUGAGUCUACGAUCAAAACCAGCAACACCAGAACAUUCACACCCUUUGAGCCAGAUGAUUGUGCACGUCGAACUUUUAGCAUCCUCCAUCCUAGAGUUCCCCGCAGACGAAGAUCAGAAACCCUUCAAGCCGGCGGCAGACUCCGUGCUCGAGUUCUACAAGGUUCUGACAGACCUCUUCUCCCACGCACCAGAAGACGCUCGAUUCCGACUCACAAUUCCAUACGCCCAAACAGUGUACACUCUCGCUUUCAUCCCAAACAUCUCCGUGAUCUCAAGCCUGGAAUCUAUACUAGCCGUCUACAAAGGGGCAUUCGAAGCCUCCCUCAGCUCACAAGUCCUCCAAGCACAAGGCACCCCAGCCUACAGCACAGACCUGGUGGGCCGAUUCAAUGGAUAUGUGAUGGAUAUGUGCAACCUACUAUGGCGAAACCGCGCCCUGAACACAGAAGACCCGAACGCACUAGGCUGCCUCAUCCCCGCCCAGACCGUCACUGCUUUGACAACCUACGUCCGCGACGUGAAUGAAGCUGCCAAACACUAUCACCGUGAGAAUGCAUUCCACAUUGCCCUAACAUCGCUAUUCUCUCUCAGUCACCACGCUGCGUUUUGCAAUUUGUCCGCCGCUUGUUUUGCAGACGUGGAGGAAGAUCAGGAUGUCACGGGUGAUCGUCCGAAAUUGGGGAAGCCGGUUACUCAUAAAGCCCUUGUUGCACUUGAGAAGGACGGCGGUGCUAAGAUGAGUUGGCAAGAGUACCGUGUGCAUAUGUUGGAUUGGUUAGAGGCCAUUGGGUCUCGGGGUACUGGUGUUUUGAUGAGGAGUACAAUGAAAGCUUUGCGCAAGGAGUAG